CGCUUUAUUUAUUUGUGUAAAUCUGAAUGUUCUCCCCCUUUCUCAAAAGAAGGAAAUUUGCACGGCAUCGUUUCCACAUCAGUAAACCACUUAACUCUCAAGCGCGGCCACUUCAUUCUCUUCAGUCUUCCCCUCCAAAUCGGCCACCACCUUACCACCUGUUGCCCUCACGCAUCAAGAAGCACGUUGACCGUAUACACUUCCAGGUUUCUCAGCAUGGUGUAAAGGUUACCACUGUCAGGUUCUCCUCAGAAUAUUCACUCGAUUGUCAAUCAAAGAACAGACUGAACGACAACGUGUCAGCCCCACUAAAAUUCCCAAACGACACCGUCUUAGUCUUUCAACUGUUUACACUAGCAUCGCCGGCCUUUUUCUCUACACAAGAAAAGCUCGUGUUCUUGCUCUCCUCUUUUCGCCUUUUUUAUGAGAGCGUAUGUCGUUUCGACAUUUUUACAUUAAUCUCUCAAUUUCCGAGACUAAUCAAUUCUCAUGUUUUCUUGCCUCUUCUAAGGUUUAUUAUUUUCCUUUGUUUUCUCUCAAACCAAACAACAACUAUAAAAAUAAAUUAUGACAAAAAAGUAAAUAAAAUAAUAAAAAAUCGAAUCCGUACAUCACUUAACUGUCUCUUCUCUAGUUCCGACUUCGGAAUCGGAGCGAGAUCUUUGAUAUCUUAUGCCUACUUUUUUGUUUGAGAUGAUCGAGGUUUUGUUGUAAUGUUCGUUGAGUUUCCUAUCAAAGAACGGCUAAAAUCGACAUCGUUUCAAAAAUGCAUUUCACUAAGCUCGAUGAUUCCCCUAUGUUUCGCAAGCAGAUACAGGGCCUGGAGGAAAGUGCAGAAUCAUUAAGGGAGAGAAGUUUAAGAUUUUACAAAGGAUGUCGAAAAUACACGGAAGGACUUGGGGAAGGAUAUGAUGGAGACAUUGCUUUUGCAAGUGCCUUGGAAACUUUUGGUGGAGGGCAUAAUGAUCCUAUUAGUGUUGCUUUUGGAGGACCUGUCAUGACCAAAUUUACCAUUGCCUUGAGAGAAAUUGGGACGUACAAGGAAGUACUUCGAUCCCAGGUUGAGCACAUGCUAAAUGAUCGACUGUUACAAUUUGUCGAUUUUGAUUUACAUGAGGUCAAGGAAGUGAGGAAGCGUUUUGACAAGGCUAGCCUUUUGUAUGACCAGGCGCGUGAGAAGUUUUUGUCACUGAGAAAAGGAACAAAAACUGAUGUUGCCACUGUUUUAGAGGAGGAGCUUCAUCAUGCAAGGUCUACAUUUGAGCAAGAGCGAUUUGGCCUAGUGACUGCCCUUUCUAAUGUUGAAGCAAAGAAGAGGUUUGAAUUUCUGGAAGCAGUCAGUGGAACAAUGGAUGCGCAUCUUCGAUACUUCAAACAGGGAUACGAGUUAUUGCAUCAGAUGGAGCCAUAUAUAAAUCAGGUGUUGACUUAUGCUCAGCAGUCAAGAGAAAGGUCCAAUUAUGAGCAGGCAGCUCUUAAUGAAAGGAUGCAAGAAUUCAAAAGGCAGAUUGACCGAGAGAGUAGGUGGUCUUCCAAUGGUUCUAAUGGAUCUCCUAAUGGAGAUGGUAUACAAGCCAUUGGUAGAAGUUCACAUAAAAUGAUAGAGGCAGUUAUGCAAUCUGCUGCGAAGGGAAAGGUUCAAACUAUCCGACAAGGUUAUCUGUCAAAGCGGUCCUCAAACUUGAGAGGAGAUUGGAAAAGAAGAUUUUUUGUUCUUGAUAGCCGAGGAAUGUUGUAUUACUAUCGCAAGCAGUGCACCAAAUCAUCUGGUUCUGGCAGUCAACUUGCUGGUCAGAGGAAUAGUUCUGAGCUUGGAUCUGGAUUGCUGAGUCGAUGGCUUUCUUCUCAUCAUCAUGGUGGAUUACAUGAUGAGAAAUCUGUCGCUCAUCACACAGUGAACCUUCUUACCUCAACGAUCAAAGUUGAUACUGAUCAAUCAGAUCUUAGGUUCUGUUUCAGGAUCAUUUCACCAACCAAGAACUACACUUUGCAGGCAGAGAGUGCACUGGAUCAGAUGGACUGGAUUGAAAAGAUUACUGGGGUUAUUGCUUCAUUACUUAGUUCUCAGACUCCUGAGAGGUGUCUGCCCACUAGUCCCAUGGGAAGUGGCCAUCACCGUUCUGGCAGUGAGAGUAGUUCAUUUGAAAGUUCUGACCUUGAUCAUGCUGCUAUUGAAGAAUAUACUUCUGAGAGGAACCUUGCAACUACACAUCAUGAACGACAUUCAAGGGGUUCACUACAUCAGCGUUCUUGUGUAAAGAGUGAGAAACCAAUUGAUGUGUUGCGAAGAGUGUGUGGAAAUGAUAAAUGUGCUGAUUGUGGUGCCUCAGAACCUGAUUGGGCUUCUUUGAAUCUUGGUGUUCUUGUUUGUAUUGAAUGCUCUGGUGUUCACCGAAAUCUUGGUGUACACAUAUCAAAGGUUAGAUCGCUGACCCUUGAUGUGAAAGUGUGGGAGCCAUCAGUUAUAUGUUUAUUUCAGUCUCUGGGCAAUGCCUUUGCAAACUCAGUCUGGGAGGAAUUAUUGCAAUCAAGAAAUGCAUUCCAUGUUGAUCUUAACCCCACAAGCUCAUACAAGUCUGAUAAACCGCAAUUACUUAUUUUGGGCAAACCUAGUGCCUCUGAUUCUAUAUCAGUGAAGGAGAAGUUCAUUCAUGCCAAGUAUGCGGAAAAGCUUUUUGUUCACAAACCAAAAGACAAUCACUAUUCCCACAGUGUGGCACAACAGAUCUGGGAGGGUGUUCGUGCUAAUGAUAAGAAAGCUGUAUACCGUCACAUAGUUAAUAGUGAAGCAGAUGUGAAUUCUGUGUAUGAGGGGUCAUGCAAUCCUUCCUUAACGCUUGCCAAGGCAAUGCUACUGAACGAGCAGACAAGCCUUGAACACAGCUUCAGAUGCUUAACAGGGACUUCAUCAGACAGAUCUUUGUCAGGCUCAGUGAAUUUGGGCAGUACAAGUGAAGGUCAAACCAUAGAUGAUCUAGAUGGUUGCACCCUGCUCCAUCUAGCUUGUGAAACUGCAGACAUUGGCAUGCUAGAACUCUUAUUACAGUAUGGUGCAAAUAGUAAUGCAACUGAUUCAAGAGGUCAAGUGCCACUGCACCGUUGUAUACUCCGAGGCAGACCCCAAUUUGCUAGACUGCUUCUUAUGAGAGGUGCUGAUCCACGGGCUGUUAAUGGGAAAGGUAAGAGUCCACUUGAUCUUGCUGUAGAGUCAAACUUCAAGGACACCGAUGUGCUUGCAGUGUUAUCAGAUUGGAACGUGUAAAAUUUCCUGUCCAAUCAAAGGAAUUAGUUUUGUAUAGUUUUAUAUUUGAUGGAAGAAUGAAUUUGAGAUUAUUUAAUUUUGGGUUAGAGGAGGUGUGGGAGUGAAAAUGUGAGUGGUCAAUUGAAUAAUUGGCUUUAUUUAUAUGAGUUGAGAGAUGAGAUGUAUAAGGUAUGGUCAUGGUGUGUUUUUAUUUAAUGAGUUGGAUUUUAUUUAAAUUUUUUUUCCUUGGUGGGUGGAGAUGUGAUGUGAGGGUGUAGUCUAGGGCAUUGUGUAUUGGUGUUGUACAUGGGUAUUUUAGUAAAUUUGUAUUUUUGCCUGCAAA